AUGGCCUCCAGGAUCCUUCGGAUACACAAUAUAUCGAAUGUGACUUGGCUAUGCGAGCGGUGUUUAGAACCAACAGAGUCCACAUUUUCACGAUGGACAAAUUGCUGGGCGAGCAUUUACAGGAGAAGGGCCUUGAAAUUGAUGAGCAUUAGAGUAUCUCUGUCUAGGUGCUACUGA